GGUCUAACAUAAUCCACAAGGCUGAACGAAUGAUCUCACAUUCUUAAAGAAUAUCAAGCAGCAGCACAACCUGAGAUGGGAUUGCCUUUAAACAUGGAAAAUCUACAUGCCCCUACGAUUCCCUCUGGCCCUACAUCUGGGCCAGGAGCUGCAAAUGGAAUACAAACUAAUGGCCUAACAUUUUCUCAACUUCAGGCUAAGAAAGACAAUAUAGAGGCGGAAAUCAAAGCUCUGAGUGGUGUUCUCGACUCGCAUGGUGUGGACAUGAAUACAAGGCUUUUGACUCCUGAUGGUUUCCCUAGAGCAGAUUUAGAUGUUGCACAAAUUAGAACUACUAGAUCACGGAUAAUUUAUCUUAAAAACGACCACAAAGCUCUCAUGAGCGUCAUUGAGAAGCACAUCCAUGAACACUUUGCGAGGCUUGCCGAAAACCCAAACACAGAGGAGCCCGUUGUCGACGAAGUUCAGGCUGGUAGAAUCGUACCUUCUUUCGAUGAGCCAGCACCUCUAGAUCUACCUUUCGCAAAGGUCAAUAGCGUUGCAGCGGGAAGCCCUGCGGAUGACGCUGGUCUAAAACCUGGUGACACAAUCAGAAAUUUUGGUUAUGUCAAUCAUGCGAACCACGAUGGCUUGAAAAGGGUGGGAGAGUGUGUACAAGGAAAUGAGGGCCGCGAGGUUAUGGUAAAGGUUUCGAGAGAUUCGGGACGCCAAGAGCUGCAAUUAAGUUUGACACCACGAAGAAAUUGGGGAGGCAGAGGACUUUUGGGUUGUCACAUUCUGCCAUUGUAAAUUAAAGCUGGCCACUCUUAUUAACAUGUCGCGGCAUCUGCUAUUCGAGCGUAGGAGUUUACAUGGCGUUUGGGUUCAGGUGGAAUAGUUCGGCCCAACUACUUUUCAUGCCAACACAUAAGGUUGUUUUGGGCGUCGUUGAAUUCAGCAUAUGCUGGUAGUUAACAGGGACACUUCUUGAUUAAAGAACGGUUUCUGUGUAUCAAAGUCAAGCUGCAUAGCUUGGUAUAGAAACGUCGAGAUGAUCUCAAAUCUGAAAACCAAGGCGGUUGACCAGUAGCUUCCUGAAAACACUGUGAUUGGAACAUAUACUUGUUGCUAUCCUGAUACCUAGACAGGUAGCUGUGCGCACAGGGAAACAAAAUCGAACAAGGAAACUUCUGAUAUCCUCUACCCACCAGGUAGGCUCGCAAGUACACACACACGCGACGCCACUGUCUAAUAAAGGCCUCGAAUCCGAUAAUUUCUGAAGAUAAUUUCAAAACA